GAUGUUCCGAUUUCAGAACGAUUUAGAGCACAGUUGAAAAGUUAAUACGCGGAUUAUAAUGAACUAAUUAGACAAAUUAACGCAGUAAUUUUCAAUGCGUGAGAUAAAACGUGUGUCUCCCGGCCAAUGCUUGAGAGUUGGCAGCUCGGGGGAAGGCUAGGGCUACAGUAACAUAACCUAUACGGAGGCUAUGAUACCUCAAGUAAGUGGCACUCACAAAAAUAGCUUUACAUUGAAUUCUGAUGACAGGACCACCUGAGCAUAAAAGACAGAUGCUGGCACUAAGACCGCUGAGACUUCAAUAUUCCAAGGUACGAAGGCAGACAAAGUUUACAGAUAUGAAGCUGUAAGGGAACCCACAACAUGGCAAGCACACAGCAGUCUGCUUUUGAGUAUGUCCAAAAUGGCAGAGCUCUUCUUGAGGGUCACCUCCAGAAACCCUCCUUGGUCGUUGAUGAGUUUCGAAAGAAUAACAUCUUCAGCGAAAAACAAGUUAGAGAAAUUAAAUCCCAUAAAAAGAGGUCUGUCAAAACCAGAAAGAUGCUGGACAUGAUUAUCAAGAAAGGGGAAUAUGCCAGUUAUGAACUGUUAAAAAUAUUGUACAACACAAGGAACCAAACCUUACCAAAAACAAACCCUACCCAGAAUCAACCUCGCCACCCAGAUUUACAUCAAUGGAUCAGCUGCUUUUCGUUUACAGAUGACCCAGAUUUACAGAGUGGCCUCGUCUCUGAAUCAGGGCCUUGUGAGAGGUACAAAAGGCAGCUGCGAACAAAAGCUGUUGAGUUUCUUCACGCAAAAUGGGACCAGCACAUGCAUUUCCUCAAAGACAAGGCAAAAUGCAAACCCUUUACUUACAUUCCUGUCGUUUUGGACACCGACUCAAGUGAGCUGUCCAAAACUAAAAGCAAGUACAAAAAAGCACGCUCUAAGAAACUUAAGACUUACAUUCCAAGAGACAAGGGAAAACUGUCCCCUGGUCACUUACUGGAAAGCAGUGAGAAAAAGAUUCUACUUGUUGGUAAACCUGGCAUUGGAAAGACAACUGUUGUCCAGCAAGUUUUAAAUAUCUGGGCAGAGAAUGAGAAUCCUCAAGAGAGUUACAUGUUCUACUUUGAUGAGCCUUCGAUGAGAUCAAUGUCUCACUCUUCACAGCCCUCAUCCUUGAGGUCUCUGCUGUUUGAAAGAUACCUUAAGCCAGAGGAAGGCACAGAGGAUGUGGUGCUGUGUGAUAUUCAAAAUAAUUCAGAAAAUGUUAUCUUUGUGUUUGAUGGGAUCAUGGAUGUGAUUGGCAACCCCGUGCUAAAUAACAUUUUGGCAAAAGAACUUCUGUGUGAUGCCAAGAUUCUGACCACGUGCAGACCAGAGGCAGAAGACUGCGAAUUUUUAUCUGACUGGCCGUCUUACAGAGUGGAGGUCCAAGGAUUCAACAAUGAGUCCAUCCAUGCUUACUUAAAGUGGAUGUUAGGCACUGAGGAUGACUAUGUUUGUAGUGUUGCGAGCAACGAUGCACUAUUCAGUCUAUGCCAUGUCCCAAUGUACGCUUUCAUAGUGACUGCUUGUAUUUCAUUUAGUCCCUGUGAGGCUAAAAACCACCCAUGCACCAUAACAGAAAUGUAUGUGCGGAUCUUUCGUCAUUGCAUGAAAAGACAUGGUGACCAAAAUGUUGAGUAUCUGGAUAAGUACAUUCAUGACAAUAUGGGGAACAUCAAGAUUCUAGCUAUAAACUCUUUCCAAGCAUUACUUGCGAAAACCGUAAACUUGACAGAAAUGGAUUGCAAGGACAACAGUGUUCAACAUGCGUUCUUGACGUCCAGUUCAGCAAAGGAAUCGUCAACUGGCCAUUCGUUUGCUUUUCUCCACAACACGAUGCAGGAGUUUUGGGCUGCUCUUUUUCUGUUGAUGACACCUGGAAACAUCACCUCCGUCCUUCAACAGUGUCAGACAGAAGAAGGAAAGUACUUGAAGUACAUUGUGUCCUUCCUCUGUGGACUCUUGUCCAGUGACAUUGCUGAAUUGAUUAACUGUGUAGUGCCAGAGGACCAGAUAAGGGAAAUAUCUGACAUAUACCUUGAGAAAGUCAUUGACACCUUCCUCGGGCCUGCAAUACUACAGGGACAUGAUGAGUCCCAUACCGACUUGGAUGCUGAUCUCCUCUUCGUUUGCCAGUGCUUGUAUGAGCACCAGUCACCCGAAGCCUGUUCACUCCUUCUACAAAAAUUGGAGUAUGAGCUUGAUCUCAGUGGACAAUAUCUCGAUCCUCAACAGUGCUGUGCUGUGUCAUAUGUGAUCAACCAGUCCACAAACAAGAAUGUCUGUCUGUACCUGAUUGACUGCACUUUCUCUGAUCCAGGAUUGAGGCUGAUUCUGGGCUCUUUGAAAAAUCUUCAAUGUCUCAGAUUGGAUCCCACUACACAAUGUCAGGUGUGGAAAGCUGCUCUUCACUCAGGGAACCCGAGUGACUCUGAAGGCUUGCUAAGACUGUGUGAAUAUGAAAUUCACUUAAGGGUCAUGGAGAAACAGGACCAAAAGGUGUGGGAGAGAGUGGGAGAGGUCCUGAAGCACAAGAGACCAGAGAAGGUCAAACUCUGUCUACAUUUGGUUGACAACUCACUGCAUGCAGCUAAUUCCUUGGGAAAGAGCAUAUUUGACCAUUUGCCAAACGUUGAGGCUAUCAGGUUUGUUGAACCUGUUGAUCUGAGACGAUCAUUAGUGGCAUGGAAAAUGGAGGUGAGGUCAUUCCAGCAGGAUAUCUUGCUGCACGGGGCUCUGUACCAGAUGGAGACAGGACUGAACCGGGUAGAGGACCUGCAAGCAGUGCUUUGUCUGGCUAGCACAUAUUCUUUAGAGGAACAGAGCAAAUUCAUUUUGAGUUUGUACCAACAUAUAGGAAAAUAUGAGAAUGAUGAAGGUGUAGCAGUUCUACCAACAUUGCAGCCAGUUUUCAAGUCAUUUCCUGCAGUCUGGUACAUACACUUUGCUGAUACGAAGGCCUCUGUCCUCCUUGAUGUGAUGAAACUCCAAAACGUGAAGAAACCAGUGGAGCUGUGGUGGUCAAAUGAUGAGUGUGACAUGAGCCUCAUUCAUUGUUUGCCUUAUAUUUCACAGCUAAGGUUCAAUGACUGCAUUCUGAUCCAGUAUGAUGACACUAAAGGAACCAUUGAAGGCCUUUUGAAACUAUUCUGUUUUGCAAAGCAGCGUCAGCUUGAGACAGGAGAUGAGACACUGAGGAUGCUGUCGACGGUAUGCAGCUACUCAAACUUCCCUUUUGCGAGUGAUAACAAAGACGAACAGAGUGAUUUUCUGCUAGAUUUAUACUCCUCUGCAAAGUCGUUUGAACUUGAAUUGGAGGGCCAAAUUCUCCCAUCAUUGUUGACAGUCUUUCAGUCAGCUCAGCCUGCAGCCUGGGUCCUUGACCUCGGUACAGACAAGGCCUCCAUCCUAAUUGAGGUGCUGAAACUCCAAACACAGAAGAAACCAGUUAGACUGAAGGGCUGGCUAGAAACUGAUAAAAGCAAAAUAGAGAGUUUUCUUCGGUGCCUACCAUAUAUUUCACAACUGAGGAUUAUUCCUCAAGAUGAGAGUGAUACAGAGGUGAAGAUGCCUACACUGACGUCUGAGCAACUAAAGAGAUUCUUCCUUUUGCACCUGCUUGAUCAUGGAGAUCUGGACAACACUGAGACAGGACAGAGCUCUGUUGAGGAACUGCUGUCAGUUCUUGGGUUUGCUCAUUCAGACGACUCUCCAGAAAGGUGCUUGUUUCUGUUAGAUCUGUUCUCACAUGGGAAAGACUACGAGACUCAAACAGGCAGAAAAGUUUGUCACGCAUUACUUCCUGUUUAUCGGUCAGCCCCUGCAGUUUGGUCCAUAGACCUCUCGGAGAGAAAGGGCUUUCUAAGCUGUCAUGACCAGUUCCAGCUGUCUCUGUGGGGUGCACUCCCUGUCGGCUCAGAAUGGGAUGCACAGCUAGCCUCCUCACUCCUCCAGGCCCUAGACUACACCAUCACAUUGUCAGGGUGGUUGCCCACUGUAACCUGCAAGGCAGUAGGUGCAGUCCUAGGCCAAACUGCCCCUGGAGAAAAACUCAACGUCAGUCUCAUCCCAGAUAGUAUCUCAUUCCAAGGAGCUGCAUUACUCUUCAAGCAAGUGAAAGAGUUUCACAAACUUAAGGUAAACGAAAUGUCAACAGCAAAGCUGGCCAGAUUGGCAAGGUCAAUGACAUGCCGAAGACCAAUGGUCGUUGAGGAGCUGACUCUUGUCUUGUCUAGGCCAAUUCCAAAAGAAGGGGUGCAGUGUAGAGUGCUCAGUGGUUUAGCUUUACUCCUUAGAGUUUGGACUGUAAGGGUCUUAAAUCUGAUAGACUGUCCAAUCCAGGGUUUCCUUCUCACUACCUUGUUGUGUCAUCAGGGUCCACUCACUAUCAGGCAAGUUUCUAGAUCUUCUUCACACUUGAAAAAAUAUGGACUUUUGUUUUGUGAGGUGUGCUAUUGUUUUGAAAGAUGGGUUUGUGUAUGUUUCCAUGACAGACUGAGUAAGGAGACUCGGCAGCAGCUGGCUGUUGUGGUGUAUGAGGCUCAGGAUGAGGAACUGACCCAAUGCUUUCUGGAAAAGUCGGGUAGUGAUCUGUCUAACUGUACACUGGACUGGGAUGUGCUUCACUACCUGCUGAAGACCACCACACAACCCAUCACCAUCAACCCCAGGAGGAGCAGAAUCAGAGACCAAUACAUACCUUAUCUCCUCCCCUUGCUGAAGAAUGUUCACUUUCAAAGGACAAGCUCCCAGUUUGAGAGGACAGCUCUGAGAGAAAUACAUGAGCAACGUGCUGGUCACUUGGUGAACAGUUUAGUGAAGUCAUCAGAUGACUGGAUCGACUUGAACAACCUGGUUUUGAACCAUGAUGACUGUGAAGCGCUUCGUUUUGCCCUGCACUACAGUGACGGUGUCAAACUCAACUUGUUGUUGACCAUCCUUCCAAAGGAGGAAAUGGAGAGCAUUCUGACUCUUCUACACAGAGUCUCUGAGCUCAGGGUCGAAAGGAAACUAUUGCUGGAGCUGCUCCAUACCUGUGCAGGAUUGAGAAGGAGGAGAGGAGUGGCACCUGCACUCCUGACACUGCUGCAUCACAAACUGGACCUCUCCUGCUCCUUUGCCAUGGACCUGUUUGGGCAGGAGAAGACUGUUUUGAGCCUCAGUUUUGGAGACUGUAGGGUAAUCUCCGCGGCCAUCCAGGAAGCUGAUGGUGACACAGAGCUGAUCCUACACGACUGCCAUGUUGAGGAUGAAGGAAUAGAGGAGCUGUUUCAUGUUUUGCACAGGAUUCAUAUGAGCUUUGGAAAACCUCUUCUGCUGCAAAUCCUGCACUUGAUAUUUGUGGAGGAUUGCGACAGGUCAGUGAGGCUUGCUUCAUUACUCUCCAGAGCCCUAGAAAAGAAGGUGGACCUCAGUCAUAGCCCUUUAAACUCGAGGGCCUGUUCAACACUUGCCUUGGUUCUAGAACACUCGGAAGGGCUUUCCGAGCUGGACCUCAGUGACUGCCACCUCACUGACACACAACUGGACGUGCUGCUCCCACAUCUGCACAAAGUUCAAGUCCUGAAUCUUUGCAAUAAUGAAAUCACCGACAAAGGUGCUGUGAAACUUAACCUAUACAUGAUCGGCAAUAGCUUCACAGAAACUGUAUGGCUCUCCAGCAACAUGAUUACUGAGUUUGACAUCUUAUUGGCGGACAACCGCUACAAACUGUGGCCAGCUCAAGUGGAGCCUGGGUGGCACGAUCAGCGCGUUACUUCCCUGGGAUCUACCGCUGUGACAAAUGAGACCUCUAAAAAAAAACCCCUCUUUGAAGAAUUUGAUCCUGACAAAACAAUAACAGACAAGAUUACCUACAGGUUCCAGUGUGGGUCUCGUGGCAGGUUUCAGUGCAGAGCUACAGGGCUGGUUUUUGGGAUGAGGGGGGCAGGAAUUGUGGAGUACAGUGUGGUCCACUGGGACAGGGAUAUCCUUGCAAACACCAGCUAUGAGCCUGCAGGCCCCCUGUUUCAACUCAGGAGUCCAGAGGGACAUAUGUACCAACUACAUCUACCUCACUGCGAGGUUAAGGUGUCUGCAGCUGAGAACCUUCUUGUGGCCCACAUAUGCAGAAAGAACAGGGAGUUCUUAAUACCCAAGGUGACACACUCACACGUGAUUGUAAGCAUUAGUGGGCUUUCAAAUUAUGGAAAGGCUCGUAAAAAACAAUCCAACAGCAACCGUAUCCAAGGACAGGUGCUACUGUUCCUUGAGCCUGAAGCAACUCCAGAAGAGCAACGGCUCUGGGUGUUCCUGCUGCCCAGAGACAUGCCGCCAGACCAGGUGGAAAAUCAGCACAAAGAGUUCACAUUCAUUAAGACCAGCUCAUCCUGUAUGCUGACACCCACAGCCAAAUAUAGUGUGACUUCUGACCUCAAACAAGGCUUUCUUGUUCAACCCAAAAAGUACACUUUGCACAUUGCACAUUGCACAUACCAACACGCCACCUUUGAGGUCUUCUUGAACCGUAGUAUCACAGAACUCAAAAUGAAAAUUCUGGAGACAAAGCUAAAGACGAGGAAACGCUGGUGUCGCCGAGUGAUUCUCAACACACCACGGGAUAAUGCUGCUAAGAUAAAAAGAUUCAAUGAGCAGCAGUGGAUAAAGAACCUGUGUGACAUACUGAGAGAACUGUCAAAGGACGAAAUUAAGAAGCUUAAGUCAAUGAUGAGGAAUAAGGAACAAAAGCCAAUCCCCAAGAGUGCUCUGGAGGGACGAAAAAGCCCUGAAGAGCUUGCAGAGCUGAUGGUGGAGACCUGGGGGAUGCAUGACUCCAUCAAGGCCACCAAAGAGUUCAUGGAGAGACUGCCACGCAAUGACGUUCGAGUGACCUCCUUGCUGCAGCCAUUCUUGUAGCAUUUUGGCAAAGGGUGGGAGAUGAUGCAAGUGUGGUGGCUACCUGCAAAAAACUAUGGGAGUAUGCUUUUACAAGGUCCAAAACUCAGGGAAAAUCAAAUUCAUUGAAAUUGAUAUAAUGAACAGAGCAUUUAGAGAACAAAUAUAUUGUAUUGCAGUUGUCUUUAAUUUUGUAAACUUUUUGGGGGAAAAAUCAAGUUCAGUUGAACAAUAUAUUUUGAGAUUUUAUGUAUAUUUCUAGAUUUUAAAACUUUUUUUUAUUCACUGAAAUAUGUACAGUAUGACCAACGACAACCUUGUAGUUCAUUGUAUAUUUAUAUUUGUUAACUUUUUUUUCAACCACCAGAAUAAUAUGUAAAGUAUGACCAAUUACUUUUUCUACCUGUUUAAAUCUUGUUGUUGUCUCAUCCACACAUUUGGAUAAAACCAUGAAUCUAAUCCAUGGCCAAUUAUUGUUCUACCCUUUCACUGUCAUAACGGUACAAAUCGUUGCCGCAAAUCCUAAAACUAGUAUGUAUGAUUAUUGCUAUCCUCAUUUCAUCAGGAAAGACAAAAAUGCCAAAACCCUCAUCAUUAGUGUACUUGCUGUUAUUCCCUCUUAAUAGUCACAGUUUGCAUCACAUAGUAACCAAUUCUUGAUAUUAACCAAUCGCCUACACUGUUGUGCUUGUUUUUUAAUGUUUUUAUUAAAUGUGCUUUUCUAUGCAAUAAAGAUUAGGGUACACACUGAGCAAUAACCUAUAAUAUUGGUAGGCCUAAACCUAAUAUUUUGUUGAUUAAAUACAUUAUUUAGAUUGUAAA